GCGCCGAUGAUCUUGAGUUGCACGCCGACGUGCAACACUGUCUUUCGCGUUUUUCUUCCAACGUUACCCUCCGGAUAACGCGGAUAUUAAUGACCACACAUUGAAUUGUUUUCACAUAACUGUACCAAAUCAUUUGUUCUGUGCGGAGCGGAAUUUUCGCCCAUUAACGUUUUAGCUUUUGGCUUCUUAUGUUGUAUGAUACUUCAUCAUUUUGAUGAUCAUAGAACGGAGUUGCUUGUUUUCGUUGCAAAUAUGUACAAUGGAAAUUUAACUGCAAAAUUUUAUUGCUUUGCCGGGAGUAUGUUAUUCCAUUACGCUAAAAAGUCAGCAAGCGACUAUUAUUUGAGCAUUCCAUCGGAAUAAGCCGACCAAACAGCCAAUUUCAUCAGGAUAAUGCAAGAGAAUGUGGAUCGAUCGCGGUCUGUUGACCGCUACCACUCGGAUCAACGCCUAAAUUUUCGCCGUUUGCCUCAAGCCAAUGGAAGACAAGAAAGUGUAACAGUGAUUCAAGUACCACCAAAGCAGUACAGGACCGGACGAUCGCUGGUGGCUAACCGGGACACGAACAGAGACAGGACAUCACGCUGGAGAUCACCAUCUCUGAAUACGCGUCUCCUCCAAAAUUUUUACGGUUUUGUGACGAACAUUUUUGAACGUGGAAACGACGUAAAAAAGCGUCAGCUGGCUGAACAGUUGUUAUGGACAGCCGCGCGUAAAAACGAGACAGAAAUAUUCGUUGACAUCAUGAAAAAACUGAUGGAAAAUGGAUACGACAUUAACGCCCCUAAUGAAUGGGGAUGGAAUUUAGUGGACGAAGCGGUUAUGCUCGGAUAUGCGGAAAUCGCCGCGGAAUUAUUCAAGAACGGCGGUAAGGAGACGGAGUGGCUGUGUGAGUCCAAACAGCGUCGACAAGAAGUUCUGCGCAAAGCACUUCGCCGUCUUGAGGCCAUUCAAGUGCCCUCUCGAAUUCGUGAGCAUAGUGCCGACACCAGACAGCUGGUCGCCGAUGUGGCCGUCGGGCCAACCAUGGCCGUGUUGCAGAAGAUGAUGCAAAAUGUAGAGAGAACUAGACCUCCAAGGAAUUAUCUGGACCGGGUUAUUGUUGAACCUUGUGGAGACUGCUCGGUUGCUGUUUCAUAUGAGCCACGAUCGAUUCCCCCUGGAGUUAUAUCCAGAUUUAAGGUGGAGUGGUCCCGCGACACGUCGUUCAAAGGGAUUGUGGAUUACCAAAUUUUUUCUAACUUGAUGAAUCCUGAACGUCUGAUAAUAUCGGAGCUGGACUGCGGCAUCGAGUAUCACUUCCGGCUAUCCGUUGCUAAUUUAUCAGGUUUUGGAAUUCCACUAAACGCAACGCCAUCUUCUGUGGUCAUAACAUCCUGGAGGGAUGUAGAUGGACAAAGGACACGACUGGACACUACCACUGUUCACAACUUGGAGAAGAUUUUGCAGAAUAUCAGAACGAUUACAAAGUAUAUGCUGAACUAUCCGGAGCGCCGACACACUCGGACACCGGAGAAACGUCAACAUUUACACCGAGCCGUGCAGCGCAGGGCUAGCUUAAAAGAUAGUAUUCGCGAUCUCAUUCGACCUCAUAUUCGGCCGGCUAAUGCGGAAGACGAAGGCGGGAUGUUUCUGUCGUGUAUGGUGAUUGCGGACGAUUCGAUACUUUUGACCAAUGAGUACACACUACCGUCGGUGGUCGUGCAUUCUCCAUUUAUUGGCUCCAUUAGCUCAAAGGAUUACUUGUGGUUUCAAAAGUUAACAACUUGCUGGGAUGCUGUCGCCGAAAUAAAGGAGCUUCUGCACUCCUCCAAGGAUUCAUCGUCUGAUUUACGGUACCGCAUUGUCCGAGCUGUUUCUAAUCUACAGAACCUGCUGACGAUGCCGAAUCUAGGAAUAGCCUAUUACCGACCGUUAAGGGAUAAGCAGUUUACCUCCUGCAUUUUGUUGUUAAUACAAAAGGUCAACAAAUCGGAUGUUGGCAAAUUGUCGGGGUUUCAAUGGAAAUCACUGAAGGAGGCCGACAUAAUGGCCACUGGCCACUCCCAUCCGAUCAUGUCUGCUAUUUCCACGGCAAGCACUGCGGAAAUAUAUUCCUGGUAUCAUGAUAUGCACAAAGCCCUUCCUCCUGGACUGCAUAUGGCAUACGCCGAAUUGAGCCUUAACUUAGACAGUAUUGCAGUAGUCACCGCGAAACAGUGGCCAAAUAUUCUUCCUUCAGCAAAGAUACGUUCCAACGCUUACAUUUCUAGUGAUGAGUGGUAUUUCAUAACCCGGAAGGUAACCGGUGCGCCGAAACGUGUGCGUUACUUGGAGAGCCUACUUCAAGACAGUUGGCAGGCACUGAAGUCCAGCUUAUCAUUACGCAGUGUAGAGGAGUUGUUUCUCUUUCCGGAAGUGAUCGAACUCGGACCGGAAACCUCGAUACUAGUUGUUUAUGGGGAGAAACGAGGCUUGUCGUCUCAUCAGUCACUGGAUGAAGAAUUACGGAAAAACUGUAGUCUUGUUCCUGUUCAAAUAUUUGAAGCCGGGUUUCAUUUUCGCUAUCGAACGCUGGCCUGGUCAACGUAUGCGCAGUCUUCUGUUAUUCUCGAAGGUUUGGUCGUUCAUCUACAGCAAUUACUGCGCCAGGAACUGGAAACCAAUGAAGAAGAGGAAACAGGUGCACUGCUUCAUAAAGUGCAGUUACUACAAGAACGGCUGGAGAGUAUUUGGGGAGAAACACGCUGGAUGCCGAGCUUGAUCCGCACCAUGACACGUGACCGCUCGCCUGCAGGACGGAUCUCACUGUUCAGCCCACUGCAGCCGCUGAAACCACCGCGCAAGAAAAACCACCGACCGAAUGACAACAAUCAGCCUGUGAUUUACAAUGAUGACAAAUCGGUCAGUAUAAUUAUCGGUACUGCCAACUUCCGGGACCUGGAAACGCAGAACGAAUCGCUUCAUGAACUUGUAAAGAAAAAUGUCAAGAGCACGGAGGUCGACCUCGAAGAUCUCACUACCGCUGCAAACGUUGUCUUUGCCAUCUUGUCCCGAUCACUUGGUUCACUAACAAACGUUGUUGCCAAAAGCUACUGUUUGAGAGCUGUUACAUCCGAUACAGAUGCCGUUUUAGAGGAUCAUGUUCGGAUAAAGGAAUUCCUGACCCAUCAACCCGAAGCACAACUGCACUUGGUGCCACGAAGCCGUCGUUUGAAUUAACUGACCGGAUACUAAAGCUUGCCAGUGUUUUUGUGGCUGAUCACAUACAGAUUGCCUGUAUAUAUGAUGUGACACAAUACCGUGUUAAAUACGAGUAAAUGCUUCACCCAAGCGAUAAAGUUUUGUUUUAUUG